GCGGGGCUAACGGGAGCGCACGUGGUGCCCGGCGGCGCGCCGACUCGCGGAAAGCCCUAUAAACGGCCGCACCGUCGGGAGGAUAUGGUCUAUAUGGGGUCCCGUGAACUCUGGAGGGAGAUGCCCUGACGUAGGGAGGCACAACGUCCCUCACGGAGGUCCCGUGUCCCUUGUGGGGGUGACCUGCCAAGUGAGGCUGCAGUCCCAAGCCCACCUGCCCCACUCAGGGGUCUCUCUGGGAUUCCCCUUCUUCCCCCAUUUCUGAGACUUUGCAGGACAUCUUCUUUCCCGUCACACCAUUCUAAUUAGAACCCUUCCAGGAUUUCCUUUCCUCUCCCAGAUUUAGACCCUUGUUAAGAUUUCCCCCACCUUGAUUUAGAAACUUUUCAAGACUUUUUUUCCUCCUAAUUUAGACCCACUUUAGCCUUGCCCUCCCUCCCCCACACCCCCCUUUCCGUUUCCAGCACUACCACAGUGUUCCCGAGCACUCUCCAGCCCUCAGAACUCCCACAUUACCCCACUUUAGACUGCCACCUAGCCCCCCCUCCCCAAACCAACACACUCCUAAUAACCCCCCCCAGUCCUGCACCUCUCAUUUAUCCCAUCACCGUGCUUUUUGUGCCCAGGGGCAGGAGGAUACAAUGAGCGUUCCGGCAGUGCUGAUUUCCCUUUGAUACCCGAUGCCUUCUUGCAAGGAGCGUGGCCCCACGGAGAGCCCUUUUGCUCUGCGCAGUCCAUAGCACAGAGUCAACCAGCCUGGUGAGGAGCCGUGCCAGCAUCCCAGUGGGUGGCAGUGGGAGCAGCCGCCGUGUUCCACCCCACUGAGGGCAGAGGGACAAAUCCCACCUCCACUCCUGCCUCGUCCCUCCCUCGGCCGCAGGAAGGCGGGUGCAUGGAGGAUGGCUUUUCCAGGCUGUGCAAGAGAGAGCCACACAUUGAAGCUGAGCGCUACCACUGCUGCGGGUGCUGCAACUGGGACAACACAACCAGGAGCUGCAGUUCUGCAGUUUGGGAUUCCCUCCAGGGCAGUGACCUCAGGGGUGGCUGCUGGUGAGGUCCAGUCCCAGCUGUGAGAGGGGCAGUGAGGAUGGAGCCGGGCUCAUGCACCCCGGAGCUGUGCUAUCCAAAGAAUGGCAGCACCCAACUCAACGCCACGUCCGAUAGUACCAGCGACCUCCUGGCCACCUCCUUCCUGGGCUGCAUCCUGGGCACCAUGUGCGUGGUGGGCACGGCGGGGAACAUCUACACGCUGGUGGUCACCACUGUCUCCAUGAGGCGCAGCGGCUCCAUGUACGUUUACAUCAUCAACUUGGCCCUGGCUGACCUCCUCUACCUGUCCACCAUCCCCUUUGUGGUGUGCACCUACUUCGUGCGGGAUUGGUACUUUGGAGACCUGGGCUGCAGGAUCCUCUUCAGCCUCGACCUCCUCACCAUGCACGCCAGCAUCUUCAUCCUGACCAUCAUGAGCACUGAGCGCUACCUGGCCGUUGCUCACCCUCUGGCCACGCUGCGUGGAUCGAGGGACCGUCGGCGGGCGCUCACCUUCCUGGCAUGGCUGGUGGCCUUCCUCCUUGCCCUGCCCAGCAUGAUCCUCAUCGACCUGCGCACCAGCCACCACCAUGGGGUGACCAAGCGUAUGUGCCAUCCCACGUGGCGGAUGGGGCCUUACAAGGUGUACCUCACUGUCCUCUUCAACACCUGCAUCCUCGCCCCAGGCGUCACCAUCUGCUGUGUGUACGCCAAGCUGGCCAGGACCUACUGGAGGUCCCAGAGGGCUCUUGUUGCUCACGCCAAGCACACCAGCCACUGUCCCAAGCAGAAGGUGCUAUACAUGAUCUUCAGCAUCGUGCUCGCCUACUGGGCUUGCUUUGUGCCCUUCUGGCUGUGGCAGCUCUUCAGCCUCUACUGGCACGAGCGUGGGGAGCGGGGCAGCUCCACUGUCGUCCCCAUCAACUUCCUGGUGACCUGCUUGGCCUACAGCAACAGCUGUGUCAACCCCUUCCUCUACACACUGCUCUCCAAGAACUACAGUGAGUACCUGCGGAGACACCACCGGGCUGCCCAGCGGGGCUCCUCUGCACAGCCACCAGCCCCCGUCCCACAUCUGGGGGGCUCUGGAGAGGAUGACUGUGGUCUGUGAGAGGUGGGUGCCCAUGGGGCAGGUGGCAGAGAUGCAGAUGCUUUUUUCUCUGUUGUGAUUCAGUGGCUCAGUCUUUUUGCUGAGGGCUGUGGCACGUCAUUGCUACCCGGGUGAGGUUGGUAAGAUACCGGUUAUAGCAAUAAAGGAUAAAAGUGGGGUGGCUCUGAUCACUGAACUCACUCUGAGCCUUUUGAUAAACGUGCUUCUUGUCGUUACGUUUCUACCAGUAGCUCUACCGAAAAUAAUCUAUCACUAGAUUUGUUAGAGGAACCAUUUUGCUGGAGGAAACUGGAGCCCUGGGCCCCCUCCCACAUCAGGUGCUCUGGAAGCACUGUUCCCAGUUGGUUCAGGCAGACCUUCAGAUGAGCCCACGCUCCCUGCACAAGGGGACAGUAUCUCUGUUCCCCACGGGUUCCCCAGGAGGGGUUAAAUCUCCCCUUUGAAAUCCAAUAGAGCAAAGGCGUAAGGAGCCCUAGGCAUGGGGGACUCUGAGCAGUGUCCCCAGGUCAGUCCCAUCUGUCUGGACUCAUUUAGUCAGCAUCCAAUUAACAUUCCACUCCAAAGUCUCCCAGACCAAAUACUUGCCCAGAACAAUUCAAUGUCUGUAGCUUUCUUGGAUCAAGGUUAGCUCCGUAGAAGAGACCAGGUUAAGUUCAUGUUGCUUUCUUAUUCUCUUCUCACCACCACAUCCAGGUUUCUCUUGCAGAUCUUGUUCUAGAACCCAACCAAAUACUAAGAGUGAUGCCAGGGUCCCCUGGGUCCUCCAGGAACGUCUCCCUCCAUCCCCUCUCUGUACCAGAACCACCACAGCUCAGCCAUACGGUUUCCAGGCACAGCCCAACCCCCGGUCAGUUUGCCAGCUGCUUCUGAAUCUGGGACAGAGCUCCACAGACUUGGCAGGGCACUGCAGCAGCUGUCUGCAAAGCCACACUUACCCUCCCUUUAAACACUCCUCUUCUGUGGUCCAUAAAAGCCAGGUUGUGGUGGAAGGAAAAAAGAAGUCAUUCUUAACCUGUUGAUGUCUCAGCCCCCCUUCUGUCAUCUCACAGCCAGCCCUAAAGGCUCCAGGCAGAUUUUCUUUCAUUUCAUGUCAAGUAGAGCACAGGUCCCAGGUUAAGGGGCUCCUGCUCUUAAAGGGGGGAUCGAAUCCAUGAAAUAAUGCUCCAGCCAAGGCUGGAAGGGGAUCCACAGGACACGUGGGCAUUGUUUGCAUUAUUCACUCAGCCACUAACUGCAAGAUUGCAGACAGGGGUUAUACAUUUAGGCUUGAUGUUAUUUCAAGUCAGCCAAAUCAGGAAGAGAGGCAUUAUCCCUUCCUGCCCCACCGCACCUAAAGGGAUUUUGUCUGUAAGUGUUCGUUGGCAAAGCUGUAGGAUUUUAGCAUUACCCUAAGUCACAUGUGAAAAAAAAUGCCUGAAAAAGUAAAUGAUGGGGAGGGUUUAUAGCUAGGAAUCAAACUGCAAACCACCAACAGAAAAUAUAAAGAGGUUUGUCAGCAGAAAGCAUUCAUAAAUUAAAAUACAUUCUGCUGUACCUUGGUCAAGUAUCUCUUAGUGUACAGCAGGGGCUGCAUUCCCCCAGGCAGGCGGAGAGCCGAGGACACGGGAGCAUCAUCAUAAAUCAGAACACAAAUUGCCACUCCUAGACCAGCACUCCUCACAGACUGUUUUUGUACAUCCUGCAGAAGGAGGCAGAGACUGGAAAAUUUAACCUGAGGAAUUUAAUCGACCUGCCAAGCUUCUGCAAAAGAGUGAAUUACUUAAGUUCUGUAACAUUUCUUAAGAGAAAUUGUGAUUUGUUAAUCAGUUUCCCAAAAGCUCAUGUAGUGCAAGAGUCCUACAGCAGCCCCUCUACAACCACUAGGUUAGUCUGGAGAAUCCAGUCUGAUGGUGUGUUGGCCAUGCUGUGAAGUUGCUCAAAGAAUAUAUAUUUUUAAUAUGAAGAAAAGCAGAAUCUACACAGAUGAAGGAAACCCCAGCUUUCAGCUUUGGGAGGGAAGGCUGUGCUGCAGCACUGAAUCAUGAGAGCUGACUGCCAGCACUGUCUGAGUGCAGGCUCAUACCACUGUUUCUCCACUCACAGAGGUAUAGGAAAGCAUAGAUUCAUCAGCAUUAAUGAAUCUUUCCCCAGCUCUCAUAAAGAGGAGAUCUUUUUUCCCCUUGAAAGCUGAGAUUUUGGAAAAGUAACAGAAGAGGAGAAAUGGCUGAAGGCUGGUAAACAGUCAGAGAAGGAAUAAAAUGAAUGCACUCUGUCGAAAAGAAGUUUCAGCUGAGCCAUCUAUGUAAGACUGUGAAAUCAGCUGCAUUCUCACAGCUUGUCCACUGAGCCACCCCAGCUUCCCACUGCAGGUACCUGUACUCAGCACAAGGUGAGGCAGUUCUGUCAGACAACGCUGAUGCUCACUAGUCACAAGUCUGGUCACUGCUAACAGCAGCAAAGCCUCAUCGCACUGCACUCCAGGUCUGUAAAACAAACAGGAUUAUUUAUUAACCCUACAGAAUAUUUUGUAUUGCUACAGGCUUUUUUGUUGUUGCCUCCUUUAACACCGUGACUCUGUCCUCCACCCCAUCU